CAAUUUUUGCUCUGAUUUCCUUUAUAUAAGGACUCGAAUUUAGUCUCGUGUAUAUCUUGUCAGGCAGUAAAACCAAGGCAAAGCAUCUCCCACCAAACAUUUUCUCUACACUUUUGCUUUCAAUGCGAGCUAUCUUGCUUAGGAUUUUCCUUCUUUACAAUCUUCUGAACUCUUUCCUCCUCUCCUUGGUCCCCAAGAAACUUAGGUUUCUCCUCCCCACUUCUUGGUACCACCAUCCCCUCCAAGCCAUUACCAACACCAAGAAACCCUCUUCUUUGUUGCCAUCAUCGUCUAAUUUUGUUUUGAAAAGAAUGGACCAAGCUGAGUUGAAGAGAGUUUUUCAGAUGUUUGAUAGGAAUGGAGAUGGGAGGAUCACGCAGAAGGAGUUGAAUGAUUCCUUAGAGAAUAUUGGUAUCUUUAUCCCUGAUAAAGAGCUGACUCAAAUGAUUGAAAAGAUUGAUGUCAAUGGUGAUGGUUGUGUGGAUAUUGAUGAGUUUGGUGAAUUGUAUCAGUCACUCAUGGAUGAGAAAGAUGAGGAGGAGGACAUGAGGGAGGCUUUUAAUGUUUUUGAUCAAAAUGGUGAUGGUUUUAUUACUGUUGAUGAGUUGAGGUCUGUUUUAGCCUCACUUGGUCUUAAACAAGGGAGGACUUUUGAGGAUUGUAAGAGGAUGAUAAUGAAGGUGGAUGUUGAUGGUGAUGGAAUGGUGGAUUACAGGGAGUUUAAGAAGAUGAUGAAGGGUGGUGGUUUUAGUGCUGUGGGUUAAUCAUAUGCUCGAAGUCCACUAAUCUUUAUUAUGAAGUGUAAAUAUUCUGGACAUCAAGAAACAGCGGGGAUCAUCACACAGGAUCAGCUUUGCCAAGUGUUUAUGCUUGCCAUUGGUUGAAUCAAUUGUACAGGCGUACCGUGUUGAUCCAGUUAUUCCAUGGUUACAGUCAGUCGAUCGUUGACACGUGUCAGCGGCGGGCAAAGCAAAAUCACCGGAGUGACUGGUUAUCAACUCGGGGGUAGGAGGUUGCCUGAUGGGGGGGUUUGGAACUCUAGAGUGGGUAAUUUGUAUUGGGCAUUAAGUUCUUCAAUUUUUUCCGAUUGGUUUGCUGGGGGGGCUUCCUUUGUUUCUUCGUAUCAUUGUUUUAUGUUGUGUUAUUUUUGUAGCUCACUGCUAUUUGACUGUUGCAAACUAGAAUUUUCAUGUAGAGUUUCUCCAAAAAAAACUUAUAUUUUCUCUUCUGAUAAUCAAUGAGCUUUGCAGCACAUCUUCAACUUGA